AUGUCUACUGAUCCCGGACGCAUUCACACUGGAUCGUGGGUCAACCACUCCGAGGGCUCGAUCACUGGGGGGACUUUGACACUUUCUAGUUCACAUGGUGCUUUCUUGCUUGCUUUUCUCGGUGUCUUCAUCACAUUGGUGGGAUCGCAGUUCUGGGUUCUCGUCAGUUUUGCUCUUCAUCAGCUGAACUGCACCAAGACGUACGACGGCCUCGAAAAGCAUCAUCAGAUAAUCCUGCGAAAUAGCGGGACAUCCGCCGGCGCUGCAUAUGAAUUGCUCUUUCUCCCAUUCAGCUGGUGGGGACGAAAGGAUGAGCCGCAGCGCGCCAGGCUGUGGCCAUUUCUGAGACGCUCCUGGCUUUUGUCACUGGCUCCGCUUCUCUCCUUCGGUUUGUUUUCUGGAGCUGGAGUGCUCUCAUCUCAAGUAACCAAGGCAGCGGGAGACGAGCUGCUUGUAUCAGGAUCGAACUGCGGACAAUGGAAUUUCGACGCUCAGGCGCCCAUGGGCUCAUACGUGGAAAAGGCCCAGAACGAAAGCCAAAUUGCGUCCAACUAUGCUCGUGAUUGUUACGGCGGCUCAGUAAGCUCGACUACCUGCAAUACCUACAUACGUCAACAAAUCAGAUGGUCUGAGGAUCAGAAUGCCAACUGCCCAUUCGAAAGCGGAACCUGCCUGCUGGGCGACACCGCAGCCCUAAAGCUCGACACAGGCUACAUCGACUCCCAUACAGUGUUGGGCAUCAACAGCCGCGAAAGAGACCGCAUCAGUUACCGAAGAGUCACCACUUGUGCACCACUGGACGCUUCCGGCAGGAUAGAGCCGAACAAAAUCACCGACUCAAGCAUCACCUACUACAACUAUAACUUCGGACCCCUCAGCGGUGGCAAUUACACCUGGACGUAUUUCGAGGUUUUCUCAACCCUCGGAGGCCUUUUAUACUCACUUGACCAAUGGGUUAACGAAGCUGGUGUGCCCAGCCAGUCUUGGUUUCCAGUCCCUGCUCUGGCUCAGACAGAUGCAGACAUCACGCUCUUUGCUGUGUCGCCCAACAACAUUGCAUAUCUCAAUCCUGUAACAGAUCCCCUUUUUCAGGCAACAAAGCAAGUCAAGGUGCAGACAUCCACAGGAACGGAAUUAUACUACAAAGCAAAUGAUUAUGACGAAUUUGUCCAUUUUGCCUCUUGUGUGGACCAGCAUCAACUUUGCGACUCUAACGUUAACCCUCCUAACUGUACGGCUCUUCAUGGGUGGCAGACUCUACAAGCUGCUAUAUUGAAACUUUCAUGGACUACAGCUCGCCAGUUGGCUACUGCUUUACGUAUUCAGCAAGUUUUACAAUAUGCAUCCAUGUUCUACACCACGUCCGGUCGAGGGGGGUUAGCUUUGCGUGCCUCUGAAAAAGUUGCUGAUAUCAUCAGUGAAGGUCUCCCGAACGAUCAGUGGGUGAUCGAGAUGUCGAACCUAUUCGCGAUGGCACUUGCUCGACUUCAGCAUGGCAUCGUUGAAUACGCUACUGGCCCCUCGGACGUUACCGAUGGGAUGAUCGUGCAAGGACCUUCAGACUCAGAAGGUCGAGCUCUCUGCUCUGCGCAGAUGGUCCGAAACACGGGCUUGUACAUGAAUUUCUCAAUACUCGGGCUGAGCCUCAUCGUGGGACUUGGAGCAAUCAUCAUCAUUGCCAGUAUCUUCGUUGAGUCUGUGGUCGACUUCUUCCGUCGUCGGCGGCGUUAUUCAAUGGUUAAUGGCUCUGUCGACAAGAGUCUACAGUGGGUUCUGGAUGGCAAGUUCCAGCUCAUGCGGCUGGCAUAUGAAGGCAUUGGUGUUGGGACAUGGGUUCGGACAGAUGAGCAUACUCCAGUGGUGAAGGAAGCUGAGCCAAAGAUAUUCAGCACAUUUGAAGGGUCCAAGGUAGAUCGAGCGCCAGCGUGA